UCCGACCGCCAGCCCUCCGCCCGGGCCAGCCCGUUCACGGGGCUCGCCAGGGUGGUCGUCGCCGCCGCGAGGAAGAGGAAGGUCAGCGUCGUCGCGUCGGAGGAGUUGAAGUUUUACUACGGGCAACGUAGGGGCGACGAGGACGUCAAGUCUGGCGGCGACGAUGUCGUUACCCCCAGCGACAGCUUUAGCUUCCUGAACCGUGCUGCGGUGAUCACGGACGGCGACGUGGACGACACGAGCGGCUCGGUGCUCCGUCCAUGGCGCGUGUGCACGGUGCAGCAGGUGGAGGACUUCAAGACGGUGCUGCGCAUCAUGCCGCUGUGGAGCGCGGCCAUCGUGCUGAGCGUCGCCAUCGGCGUGCAGAUCAACUUCACAAUCCUGCAGGCGCUUGCCAUGGACCGCGCCGUUGGCCGCUUCACCGUGCCGGCGGGCUCCAUGUUCGUCGGCAGCCUCAUGGCCGUGGUCAUCUUCCUCGGGCUUCUCGACCGGGUCCUACUCCCACUCUGGAGGCGGGUGACCGGCCACACGCCCACCCCGC